AUGACAGAAGAUAAUAAUCACAGAUCUGAAUUAAUUUAUACUGCUAAAUUGGCUGAGCAGGCAGAGCGAUACGAUGAAAUGGCCAAUGCUAUGAAGACUUUGGUAGAAACAUGCGUAUCAGACAAGGAAGAGCUGACAGUCGAGGAGCGAAACCUACUGCCUAACGAUUUGAUACAGAGUGUCGCCUAUAAGAACAGCGUUGGCUCGAGGAGAGCCAGUUGGAGAAUUGUGAGCAGCGUGGAGCAGAAGGAGGCCAGCAAGUCAAACACAGCCCACAAGGCAUUGGCGCGCCAGUACAGAGUAAAAAUUGAGGGAGAAUUAAAUGAAAUAUGUAACAAUAUCCUGAACUUGCUAAACAACAAGCUCAUUUCAUCAACCAAUGAGAGCGAGAGCUUAGUGUUCUACUAUAAAAUGAAGGGGGACUACUACCGGUAUGUGAGUGAGUUUUCGUGUGAUGAAAGUAAAACCAAUGCAAGCAACAAUGCUAAAGAAAGUUAUCAAAGAGCAACCGAAAUCGCAGAAAAUGAACUGAAACCAACGCACCCCAUUAGAUUGGGACUGGCUCUCAACUUUUCUGUAUUCUACUAUGAAAUACUUAACAAGGCGCACGAGGCGUGUGAAAUGGCGAAGCGCGCGUUCGACGACGCAAUCACGGAGUUCGACUCAGUAUCAGAGGACUCUUACAAGGACUCGACACUGAUAAUGCAGCUACUGAGAGAUAACUUGACACUGUGGGCAUCGGACAUCCAGUCAGACUCGUUGGAGGAAAAGCCCAAGGGGGACGAGUAA